AUGCAGAUAAGAUCUUCUUAUCACGAUGUGGUGAGAGUACAAGACAUUGAAGAUGAGUUGGACACAAGUGGGGUUCAAUCCUACGUUAUCAACAACUUUGAUGUUGUUUUUCUGAACAAAAGGGGUUUUGACGUGUGUAGGACCAAAAAGAAUAGUAAAAGUUGUAGAAACACUUUGCCUUGCGAGAUAUGCAGAAGAAAUAUUUCAAAUGCUUUUCAUUUUUGUUCUUUGGGAUGUAAGGUUGGUCUUCCUCACUAU